UUAAUGCCACCGGUGUGGCUAACCAAAUGCUCCCUUGGUCAACUAGCGCCAUUCCUCGGCUUCACACCUUUUAAUCACUUGUAUAAAUCCCUCUGCACAUCUCCUCAUCUUCUCUUCAAUUCACCCCAUUCCAAUAAACUCAUCUCUCUCUCUCUCUCUCUCUCUCUCUCUCUCUCUCUCAACCCUACUGCAUACAUAUCAUUUUUCCAUUACAAAGCAUGGUUUUUACCAUGGUGUUUCUAAAGCUAGUAGAGUGGCUAAUCUACCAGCUUCUAGCAAAUUCAUGUUACCGAGCUGCAAUGAAGGUAAAGAAUUACGGUUUCUUCUCGAGAAAUCCACCUCUUCGAUCACAACAGCACCAGGCUUCUCCCAGUAUUUACCCUGGUGUAACGAAAUGCAGAGUACAAAACAGAGGAUCCGAAACUCUGGUCUGUGACAUAGAUAGUACUUUGCUAAGGUCACACUCCAUCUUCCCUUACUUCAUGUUAGUCGCUUUCGAAGGCGGUAACUUGUUGAGAGCAUUUUUACUGCUCUUAUCAUAUCCAUUCCUCUGUUUUCUGAACUACGAGUUGAAGUUAAGAGUCAUGAUCUUCAUUACAUUCUGCGGACUCAGACUGAAAGACAUGGACAGUGUUGGAAGGGCUGUGCUGCCCAAGUUCUUUCUUGAAAACCUGAAUCUUCAAGUCUACGAGGUCUGGGCCGCCGCAGGUUGUCGAGUGGUUUGUACUAGUGUUCCCAGAGUUAUGGUCGAAGGGUUCCUUAAGGAGUAUCUGAGUGCUGACAAUGUUGUUGGAACAGAGCUGCACACUUCUGGUAAACGUUUUACUGGUCUGUUAACUAGUUCAGGCUUGCUUGUCAAGCACAAGGCUGUUAAAGAGUUGUUUGCUGAAACAAGGCCUGAUGUCGGAAUCGGAGGUCCAAAUUCUCGUGAUCAACACUUCAUGUCUCUAUGCAAGGAAGCUUAUGUGGUGAGCAAGGAAGAUCUGAAAAACCGUGCAACUAUAAUGCCAAAGAACAAGUACCCAAAGCCACUCAUCUUUCACGACGGAAGAUUAGCCUUCUUACCAACCCCCUUAGCCACCCUCGCCAUGUUCAUGUGGCUCCCACCCGGAAUCAUCCUCGCCAUUUUCAGACUCCUCGUAGGCAUUUACUUACCCUACAAACUCGCCAUUUUGUUCGGCUGCGUCAGCGGCGUCACCAUCCAAGCCAAAGGCUGCGACCCGGGUCAGAAACCGGGUAAAGGCGUCCUCUACGUCUGCACCCAUCGGACCCUCCUCGACCCGGUUUUCCUCAGCACAUCACUCGGCAAAUCCCUCACCGCAGUCACUUACAGCCUCAGCAAAGUCUCCGAAAUCAUCGCCCCCAUCAAGACCGUCCGAUUAACCCGAGACCGCAAGAUCGACGGCGAGACCAUGGAGAGAUUAUUAAGUGAAGGAGAUCUCGUGGUGUGCCCAGAAGGAACCACAUGCAGAGAGCCUUAUUUGCUGAGAUUCAGUUCAUUAUUCGCGGAGUUAACAGAAGAGAUUGUCCCAGUGGCUAUAGACACCAAGGUUGGGAUGUUUUAUGGGACGACAGCAAGUGGCUUAAAAUGUCUGGAUCCUAUAUUUUUCUUGAUGAAUCCUCGGCCCGCAUAUUACAUUCAUGUGCUUGGGAAAGUGCCGAGGGAGAUGACGUGUGCUGGCGGCAAGACGAGCCAUGAGGUGGCGAAUAACAUUCAGAGACAGCUGGCUGAUGCAUUGGGAUUCGAGUGUACGACUCUUACGAGGAGGGACAAGUAUUUGAUGCUGGCUGGAAAUGAAGGAGUGGUCAAGGACAAUAAGAGAUGAAGAAAUAAUUGUUUUUUUUUUCUUUUUGCUUUGAAUUAUGUUAAUUUGUUCAGUACUCCUUAGGCUAUUGUUGAGUAAAUUAUAGUACUGUAGUAGAGAGGUUUUCUACUUUUAUAUUGUUAUGACUUAUGAGAUUAAUAUUAUUUAUUAAUUUGUUAAUUAA